AUGGAUCAAAAUUCGUCCAAUUCCAAGCCUAGAGGCAGGGGUAGACCCAAAAAGACAUAAAAAAUAAUAGAGAAACCAAGUUCUCCUCAAAUUUCAGACUCGGAUGGAGAAAUACAACACCAACAACCAUCAAAACCUUCUACGCGGCGGUUGACCGUCCAGAUUCCAUCGAGGCAGAAAUCCCCUAUGUCGAAUAAAAGAUCGAAUCCAAAGGAUUCAGACCAAGAUGAUGAAGAAUCGUCAGGAGAAGAGCAGAACCGUGCGAAACGUCGCAAGAAAGAUCGAUUUGAUCAAGAUCGCUCCAAUGAUUACACUCCACUAGAAGGAGAUGAUGAUAGCAGUGAUGAUCCAUUCAUUGAAGAGCCCGAAGGAAACAAGCCGAAUACCAAGACCAAGGGCAAGGGCAAAGGCAAAAGCAAAGCAACCAGAUCCCAUCGGAAGAACCUGAGAAAGUUCCAGGUGAAGAUGGGGACGUUGUAUUUGAUGACCUCUGGACUUUGGAUGACGAGUCAAACCUUGUAAUGAGCUGGUCAGAAGAUGACCAGACUCUUCUGGAUAGUCUACCCAAAGCAGAAAUUGCUCUAUGGAGAAGAUCAAUGAGGUUGUUUGGCGUUGGUCCCGAGGAAUUAUUUCCUCCCAACGUCACCAUAUCAAGGGCAGACCUCCCAGAUUAUGUGGGCAAUGAGGGUCGUGAAAUACCCAACACUAUACACUUGACCACGAAGUUCUGUGAUACUUUCAAGUAUAUCAUAUCUCUGCCACUAUUGGCGAAAAGACGGAGUUUGAUUCAAUAUUUAUUGACAAAAGCUUUACGUCUCAGGUGUGGUGAUCGAUGUACGGUUCCUGAAUCUUUCGAGACACACGUUAUGGACAUGGAUAUAACCGAGCUACUUGAAACCCUCAGACACGCAGGCAUUAUCGGGAACCUUACACGUGGACAAGAGCGGAUAUUCAGAGAUAGCCUUGGUGAACAUUUCCCGGAACAUUUCCAUUUUCACAAGCAUCUCAAGCACUUCGUAAAAGCCAAUUCUGGGAUGAAACCACAAAAGGCAUCGAAGAAUGCAAGUGCGAAUGAAGAUGAAGGUUUUGAUACAUAUCAACUCCGUACCAGGGAUUUGAAUAAUAUUAUCAAAGCAUGGGACUCUUAUAGAAAUGAUCCCAAGAAUUCCCAUUACCGCUUGCCAUCUAUGAAGGAAUAUUUUGAUGAAAAUAAAAUUCUGAAAAAUAGGAAAGGGGACGCUUCUCUUGACCAAAUCAAAUGAUGGAAGAAGAAUUGGGUAUUAUCACAACGUCGUCAGCAACUCAGGUCGGAGAAACAAUCCAAUCUGAGGGAUCCUCUUGGAGAUGAAAUCCUUGAGGAUAAUUUUUUAUCCGAUGACGCUGAAGAUUCAGGCUUUGGUCUAGGCCAUGAUGGCAGAAUUUCUAAUGAUGAGGAAGAUCAGAAUGAUGACCCGCUUAUGGUAGAUGACGAGCCCUUUGGUAUGGGCAUGGUUUCAGGGAGUAGAUCUCCCACGCCACCUGGACCUUCAGAAGCUCAAAUAAUUGGACCAUUGGAAGUUCUUGCUGGUCCGGAAUGUCGGAAUCUUCCGAAUAUCCCAUCUCUUCGGGAUUUCCUUGCUCCAGAUGAAGCUAUAGACAGCAAAAGCGUUCAUGGCUGCCAACAUACAACUAUACUCCCAAAUGCUAUAGCAAAAUACGAAAUUCAACAGUCUCUAGAUGAAGAAGAUAAUACUCUCGUUCGGAUAUCGAAUAAGCCAAUGGGAAAAAACGCAUUAGGCACAAUGGUUCGAUUAAAUUUGACUCAGUUGAAGAUACUUAAAACUGAAGCCUAUACAUACUUAAGCAAAUGA